AGGGAUGGGGCCGGUCAGACGCCCCACAGACGUCCGGGGGGCAGAGAUGGAGCGGACGAUCCAGAGGCCCCGGGGGACUACUGAAGCUGGUGGGCUUCCUGUCCGGUGCCUGGAUCGUUGGGGCGCAGGGGCCCCCCAUGAAUCACACGCGGGGAGAGUCCGCCCUUUUCCGCCUCACCGUCUCUCAGACCUCCGACAUACGGGUGGUCGAAUGGACCUUCGCGACCAAGAAUCUGACUAUCAUGGAGCUCACGCUCGGGCCCCCGGGGCUCUCGCCCAACUGGACCCACGAGAGAUACAGACGGAGGGUCCACGUGGUCCCCAAGGGCUUCCUGCAGUUACUGGAUGUGACCCCCGAGGACAGCGGCACCUACGACGCGCAAGCCAGAUUCCGGUCAGGACCCUUCCAGAAGGAGGUCUUCAUCCUCGCGGUGUAUGAGCCGGUCCCCCUCCCCGAGAUCCAUCUGCGGCCCGGGAGCCGGACGUCGGGCCGGUGUAACUUCACCCUGGAGUGUCGGCUGCCGGGGGCGGGGGCGGCCGUGUCCGUGAGCUGGAGGAAGGGGGACCCCCCGGGGGAGCUGGCCGCGGCGGAGCGGCGGGGGCUGUCCCCCGACCGCCGGACCCUGAACCUGGCCCUGUCCUCGGUCCAUCCCGACGACGUCUUCACCUGCCUGGCCCGCUCUCCCGCCCAGGAGAGAAACGCCUCCGUCCAACUCGGGGACCUCUGCGCCCGGGACGGGGCUGCUUCCUCACUGAACUGGAUCUUCCUGUUGCGUCUGGUCCUGGUCGGAAUCCUGGUGACCCUGGGAGCCUCGGUGGCCUGGAAGAAGACGGCGAAGGCGGAGAGAGGCCUGUGAGGCAGGAGGCCCCUUAUCCUGGUGUUUUCCCUCCCGUCCAUCUCUGGCUACUCUCCACGGCUCAGCAGGGUCGGGUCGAGCCCCCCGCAGCCGGUGGCGGUUCAGGGGGGCUGCGGUGUGGACAGAAUCCGACCGCGGGGGCUGCCGGAGGACCUGGUUUCCGGGCUCUCCUGAGGCGGGAAGGGAAGCCAAGCGAGCGGAGCCGGUCACUGUCCCCGCCAGAAACCGACUCCAAUGAGAUCCCUGACCUCUGACCCUCAUCCCACCUUUCCCUUAAACUGGGAGCCCCACGUGGGAUGGAGCCUGGGUCUGACCGGUCGUUCUUGUAUCUAUCCAGCCCUCACUACGGUGCUCAGCACAUAGUAAACACCCCACAGAUAGUC